AUGGCAACAAAAUUUUAUGAAUUAGAAGCUUUGGACAUUAAAAAAAACCCAUUGAAAUUUUCUGAAUAUCAAGGAAAAGUUUUAUUGGUGGUAAAUGUUGCUUCAAAAUGUGGAUAUACUCCACAAUAUAAUGGAUUAGAAGAACUUUAUCAAAAACUCAAAAGUUCAAAAUUUGAAGUUCUUGGAUUUCCCUGUAAUCAAUUUGGAGCUCAAGAACCUGGCACCGAAGGAGAAAUUGAAACAUUUUGUAGAAAUGAUAAAUAUCAUGUAACCUUUCCGUUAUUUGCAAAGAUCGAUGUAAAUGGUGAGUCUACAAGUCCAGUUUAUGAAUUUCUGAAAUCAAAAUUACCAGGAGACAUCAAGUGGAAUUUUGAAAAAUUUUUAAUCGAUCGUCAAGGAAAUGUUGUCAAACGUUAUGUUUCUGAGGCUGAUAUUAAAUCAUAUCUCUAA